UCCUCUGAACAGUUCAAUAGUGUAGUGCGUGCUGUGUGUGUGUGAGUAUGCUGUGUGUGCAGGCAUCCUGUUCCAGCUGGCGGUUUCAGACUCGAUGAUGACGAUAGCUCUCAUAAAGGCCCGAGAGGAAAGAAGCGGUUUCAUGUGAAAAAGGCGCGUGUAGAUCGUUUCUAUCAAGUGCAGGAGAAGACACCAAAAAAGCAAGAUGCCUAAAGCUCACGUCUACCUGUAUGUCCUCGUGGCUCUGUCGUGUGUCUAUGGGGUGAUGAGUUUUGAUAGAGACACAAACAGCACCACCAGGGCCGCCACAAACAAUUCUGACCACACCUCACAGCCACAAGGCACCAAUCUGACUGAUAGCAGCCCUGAGGAUUAUUCCAGUACUGUCUCAACGAAGCCAACAGAGGAUGACAAUAAUGUCAGUGAUACCUUGGAAAAUGAAAAUGAUACAUCGACAACCGUUAGCCAAGAUGAAGAUGAUCAUACCGAUGAAAACAUAACACCCACCACUCACAGUCAGAGCACCACCACCGCCACCACUCACAGUCAGAGCACGUCUGAAGAUGUAACAUUCUCAAGGCCUCACACCAGGCCAGUCACUCACAUCAUUUCCACCACUGCUAAAGCCUCUACGACUCCAGUGGGAAAAACUGAAGCCACAGAUGGAGGUGGAGCCCAAGGCCUCGGGGUGGCCUUUCUUAUCAUCAUCUUGAUCAUCGUCAUCGCUCUUGCUGUCAUUCUGUACAUUCUUUGGAAGAAAGGAAGGAGCUACUCCUUUGAUCUGACCAACACGGGCAAUGACCACGACACCCCGCUCCGGAGUAUGGAACACGGGGGGACCUUCGAACAAACCAGCAAAGAACUGUCUGCUGCAGAGUGCGAUCAAGAGGAAAAAACCCACGAGACCAACUCUACAGCCAACGGGUGUGCAGGAGAGACGCCUAAACAAGCAGCAUCCUCUGAGCGGCAGAACGUUCCUGAAGAAGACAGCUUCAUGUCCGACACCAGUCUGACUCCGCCCAUGAAAAAGGUGGAGUUUAAUCUGGAUCUGGACCUGAUAAGUGGAGAACCUGAACCUGAAGCUGAACCUAACGACUCACAGCAAAAUGAAAACAACAACAACUUCACAAGCACUGGAAUUGAUUCUUUGGACCUCUUCACUGAAAUUAACCUGGAUGAGCCACAGUAACAAGACCAUAAUCCAUUAUGAAACUCCAUGAAGACUUUGUCAUUUUCUCAGCAGAUCACCGGAAUGAUACCACACAUUUUGUACAUUCUUAAGUAUAGCCUAUACAUACACAAAGCAUCACCAUGUCAUUUUUAUUAGUACAAUUCUUUUUCUUGUUUUUUAUUUGCAUGAAAAAAUGUAAAAAUUGUAAAAAUGC